AGUUGGAGGUCGUUACAUCCCAAACCAAGGCCGGUGCUACAAAGGCCAGAUGUCACAGCCUGGGCAGGGAGAGCCGUUAGCCCUCAGCAACUCCCAGGGGUGCCCCCCAACGGCUCCCAAUGGUCACCCUCAACCGUCCCCCACAACAGCUCCCCAACAACCACCACUUGUGGCCAGGGGCCCUGCCCUGUCCUGUCCUGUCCACCAGCUCCCGGCUGGAGAUAAGGGCCAGAUUAGUGGCCACAGAGAUGAUGAAGAAUACCUACGGCAGAUGGAUGAGCGGAACAAAAUGCUGAAAGAAAAAUUAGUAUCUCGUCUCCGGUUUGAACCAGAGAGGACAGAGGUACUGCUUAUGGUAAAAGGCAGGUAUAGUGUGUGUGAACCGUCUGACAGCAGUGAAAAAGACAACAGUGAACUGUCAUCCUCAGUAGAGACAAAAUACUCAAUUCUUCGCACAGCAGUUUACAGAGGAAGCACAGAAAGGAAACACAAAGCAACAAUAAAAGAGCAAGGCGUGUGUUUUGGAAAUGGGCUCUCAAGAAUACAUAAGGAGGGAAGAGAAGAGUCUGUUUGUCAGCCUCCUAGCAUGUCAGAGCAAGAGACAAUGAAGUUAAAAAGGAGCAUAACAAAAUCAGUGUCCUUAAUGUCAAAGAAUAAGAAUUUGAAAAAGACAGUUCCCACAGCUUCUGCUUGCAAAGGAGUUCAGCAUGGUUUUGGCUCAUCACCUUCUUCUCCUGUAUAUGAUCGUAUUAGAAAGACUGAAAUGCAAACAGCUGUUUUGGAAUCAAGUUGCCUUAAAAAGACUCGUGAGCAAUCAAAAGUUGAAAGAUCUUCUAAAAAGACUUUGAGAAGCAAAGUUCAUACUUAUGAUAGAACAGAACCAAUUGAUGAUGAUGUUAUAAUGCAUAUUUUGAGGCUUCGAGGCAAACUUGGCUGGCAAACAAAGUUACCAUCGUGUGAAGAGUUAGCUAGAGAGGCUGAUGUCGCCCGACUUCAGAUGUUCACACUUACGAGACCAUUAUUGCUAAAAGAUACUGGGGAAUAUAUAUACUGUCUUCAGCGAAACAGGAACAACUUAAACGCUCCCUACAACCCAUAUGAUUUACAGGCUGUCUCUACGAAUACAGCUAUGCAAAAGAAAGAAUAUUGGACCAUUACAGCUUCAUUUGUGUCUAAGUUUUCCGCAAGCCAUGAAUUAGGAGAAAUGGAAAUAACACCAGUUCCACAAUGGCUGCAUGAAAGACAGAUGUAUUAUAAGUUACUCAAUUUUAAUUUCUUUUCCAAUUUCAGAAUGAAGAAAUACCUUCUAGUCUGGAAAAUCAAUGCUAGAAGAAGCAAGAUGAACAAGACCAAGUCAGUUUGAGUGUAGGUUUUUCAUGCGAAAAGGAUUAAAGAAUACAUCUCCUGCUGUACACUUUAGCAAUUUGUUCCUUAUUUUCCUUAAAUACUUUAUAAAUCAACAAAGACCAUUAUACAAAUGGUGGAUUACCUGUUGAUAACAGCAUGGCGGAUUUACUCUAAUAAAAUUUUUAUGGUACUUUCAUCUUGCUGUGAAGGAGCCUGGAAUUUUAAUCUGGAGAAACAUGAGCUUUAAUUUGAUGUUUGUCUAGUUCCAAGCACAGUGGGACUCUGCUUUAUGACUAAGGAUUUUCUGUAUAAA